UUAAGAGAGCAAGAGAGAGGCGCAAGAGCUGACGAUAAUACGCUGCAAGGAUAUACCACAAAUCGAUCGAUAACUUACUUUUUUUUGGCGUUUUGUUUUUGUGUAAUUUAACAAAAAUGCAGUUCGCUUUAUCGCGGUCGCUGCUGAUUUGCGCGUUCUGCGCUAGCUUAUCCUUAACCGGUGCCAAGCAAGUACAACAACAACAACAGCAGGCAACAAAACUGAAACGUGAUGCAGCAUUGAGUUUUGGCAGUGGACUUUAUCAUGGCCCCUCCCACAAAUACUUGCCGCCUUCAGCAGUGACUUCCGGUUACGAGAGCACAUAUGCAUCAUUGCAUGGCAAUGGAUUGGCCUCGAGCAGCGGCUUUGACUUUGCCAGCCUGGACACGGACAACAGUCAUCAUCAUUAUAAUCAGCAUCAUUAUAGUGCUCAACAUGGACAUGGACUGGGACAUAUAUAUGGACUAGGACAUGGAUAUGGACUAGGACACGCACAGGGACAUGGACACGGACACGGACGUCCUGUGUAUAUAAGCUCGGCAGGAGCAGCUGGUUAUCAGCAUCAUCAUCAUCAGCAACAACAGCCGCAUUCACAUCGUCCCAAGGUGGAAACCUAUAUUGUGCAGACGAGCAAUCCGCAUCAUCAGAGUCAUGGCAAUGGCUUGGCCGGAGGAUUGGGACUGGGUUUGGCAGGUGGACUGGGUGGGGGCUACAAAUAUGCCGGCAGCUCUGGCGGAUUUCUGAAUUUAUUAAGCGGCGCUCACAAACAACAUGGCGGCAACACUUAUCUGCUGGCCACGCCCACUUACAGCACAAAUCAUGCAGGCGCAGGACAUGGACUUGGCGGACACGAGGAUCACAGCACCGCCGGCUACAGCUAUGAGGCGCCCAGUGUGCAUUUUAAGCAACCUUUGAGCAGCUAUGGUGUUCCAAUUUUACCCAAUUACGAGCACGAGGAACAGGAACAGGAACAGGAGCAGGAGCAGCAGUCGGAACAUCAAGCGGAGCACACGCCGCACAAUCAUAAUCAUGGCGAUCAACAGCCACCAGCUUAUGCCUUGGGUCACAAGGGAUUGGGACACUUUAGCUAUACGUCCAGUAAGCCACAUGCUCUCAAUACGGACAUCCAUCAACAUCAGCAGGAGGCGCCUUUCAAGCCCAGCGCCUUUUUGGGCGCCAAACAUGAGCCGAGCCCAGGUUUUGACUUUGCCACGCCCACUUCGAGCAGCUCCAGCAGUCAUCAGUUCUUGCAGCCGCCCACAGCAGCUGGCUAUGAUUAUGCUCAUCCCGCUCCUCCGCCGAGUGUACUUUAUGGUGCUCCUGCACAAUCUGGAGAUUCGGCCGCGCCCAUUUUUGAGCCAGAAUCCACGUAUUUGCCACCCGUGAGCAGCUAUGGCGCCCCUGCCACGCCCACACACAGCUACCACUAAAUUAUGCCCAUUAAUAUUUAAGUUACAUUUUACUUCUCAAUAUUUUAUUUUUUUUUUUUUUUGUAACAAUUGUUCGUAAUCUUAAGUGCUAAAA